CCUUCAAACGCGACAAUGCCGGCUGCACCGUUCCUGCCAACCCGUCCGAAUUUUAUGAAGAUGCACGGAGCUCUUCCAGCUGCAAAUCCCCGGAUAAUAUAUCUACACACAAAUCUCAGAAACUCCAAGUGUCCAUUACCCUUAAAGCCAAGCAUCAGGGAGGUCAAAAUGCUUUCAUGAGACAUAAAAAAUUUAUCCGUCUACCAAAAGCCAGUAGUGGCUUUCGUCAGCACGUCUGUUGUGUGCGUGUUGAUGACGUAGUCGACCGCACGACGAGUGCUGAGGUGGCCGGCUUCAUGAAGUCUGGUGUUUUAAUUCUUUUUGACCUUUGCCAACUUUCGCAAUUGCAUCACCUUUUCCUCUCGACAAUGAGGGCUUUCACAUACUGUGACCCGUUCUCUGCAAUUGCGAUUUCAUGA